GUCUCUUCCGCCCUCUGAAGUCGGGACUGCCUGAGAAGCUAUGAGGAGUCUCGUGCUCCUCCUGAGUCUACUUCUGACAGCAGCUCCGUUUGGCCUUCUGGGGGAGGAGACCCGCCAGGUGUCUCUGAAGGUCAUCUCUGACUGGCUGGACCCUUCCCAGAACCUGCUUCAUAUCCAGGCAGUGGGUGCCACUUCCACCCUGCACUAUGUGUGGAGCAGCCUGGGACCUCCAGCCGUGCUGCUGGUGGCCACCAACACCCCCAACAGCACCCUGAGUGUCAACUGGAGCCUCCUGAUUUCCUCUGAGCCUGACGGGGGCCUCAUGGUGCUCCCCAAGGAGAGCAUCCAAUUUUCUUCUGCCCUCGUCUUUACCAGGCUGUUUGAGUUUGACAGCACCAACACAUCCGAUGCGGCUGCCAAGCCUCCAGGAAAAUCAUAUCCCCCAUACUCCUUGGCUGAUUUCUCCUGGGACAACAUCACUGACUCAUUGGAUCCUGCCAGCCUGCGCGCCACAUUUCGAGGCCACCCCAUUCACGACCCCACUGGGGCUUUUGCCAAUGGCAGCCUGGCCUUCAGGGUUCAGGCCUUCUCCAGAUCUGGCCGACCAGCCCAACCCCCUCGCCUCCUGCACACAGCGGACACCUGCCAGCUAGAGGUGGACCUGGUUGGGGUCUCUCCCCGGGGAAACCGCUCCUUGUUUGGGCUGGAGGUAGCCACAUUGGGCCAUGGCCCUGACUGCCCCUCAGUGCACGAGCAGCGCUCCAUCGAUGAUGAAUAUGCACCUGCUGUCUUCCAGUUGGACCAGCUGCUAUGGGGCUCCCUCCCAUCAGGCUUCAUGCAGUGGCGACCAGUGGCUUUCUCCCAGAAGCAGGGGGGCCGGGAAUCAGCCAUGCCCUGCCAAGCUUCCCCUCUUUACCCCACCUUGGCAUACCUUCUCCCCCAGUCACCCAUUGUCCGAGCCUUCUUUGGGUCCCAGAACAACUUCUGUGCCUUCAAUCUGACAUUUGGGGCUUCCACAGGCCCUGGCUACUGGGACCAACACUACCUCAGCUGGUCCAUGCUCCUGGGUGUGGGCACCCCUCCAGUAGAUGCCUUGUCCUCGCUAGUCCUAGGCAUCGUGGCAGUGGCCCUGGGUGCUCCAGCGCUCAUGCUGCUGGCAGGAGGCGUGUUUCUGCUGCUGGGCCGCAAGUGGUACUCAGAAUACCAGCCUAUAAAUUGAGGCCUGCUCUCUAGAGGGAAGGACAUUACUGGACCUGCCUUGCUGGUCUGCAGGUUUGAGGGUCAGUAUUACCAGCCAGCUGCUCCCUUUUCCCAUCUUGCUUUUCUGCAGAACCUCAGAGACCAGCCUCAACUUCCUGCGGACCCAGGUGGGGCUUCCUUCAAACUUUGAGGAGGCACCAGGGACAGAGUGAUUGCUAGAGGGAGGGUCCCCUCGGCGUUGCCUCCCCGCCCCUCCACCCCCCAUUUCCCUUGAAUGGGACUCACAGGCCUAAAUGAGAGGCCUUCUGACUUGUCUGCUACCCUGGAGGGCAUGAAAUAGACUAAGUUUUUCCCCA